UGUGUCCACAUAUCUUUCAGUGUGCCGCAUCGCACCGAAUAAUAUCUCUUCCUUCCCACUUCUCUCUUCCUUUCUCUCCUCUCCAAAGUCCUUCCAAGUCCAACCAAUCUGAUAUUCGGACACGACCCCCUUUUUUCUCUCUGCCUUUUUUAGUUUAACCCUAGUUUUGAGGGUUGUUCGGUUUCGAUCUGCUGAUUCUUUAUCGUACUGGAAUUUGAGAAGCUUCAGUUUACGGAAAUCUUGGUCGGAUGGUGUGAUCUUCUCGAUGUCUGUGCUAGGUUAAUGUUAAGCUCUGAUUAAAAUUACAUCUGCUGGUUAGAGAUUUUGUUGGUUCUUUAUGGCUGAGGUGGGAAAAGUCUUGGUUAGUGGCAAAUCAAGCGAGGCUAAAGCAUCUGAUGCUGUCGUUGCUUCCACUGAUAAAAUAGAGGCUAAACCAGUGGCUACUGUAACUAGAACUGAAACUGAGCAAUGUCCAGCCGAGAUUCCGGAAUCUACGGACAGCAAGAAGCUUGUUCCAGCUUCAGUGUCUGAAGAAGAAGAAGUAGUUGUUGCUUCGGAGAAACCACCAAAGGCUCCUGAAAGUGGUACCGUGUUAUCCCUGCAGUCUGGUUCGGAAGGGAGUAGUAGCCCGUUUAUCCGAGAGAAAGUUAUGGAAGACGGAUACAACUGGAGGAAGUACGGACAGAAACUUGUUAAAGGGAAUGAGUUCGUGAGGAGCUAUUACAGGUGCACGCACCCUAACUGCAAAGCCAAGAAGCAGUUGGAACGGUCUCCAGGUGGACAGAUCGUGGAUACUGUUUACUUUGGUGAGCAUGAUCAUCCAAAGCCUCUCGGUGGUGCUGCUGCUGUUCCUAUCAAUCAAGAUAGACGAAGUGAUGUAUUGACGGCUGUGAGUAAAGAGAAAUCAUCUGGAUCUAGUAGUGUUCAGACACAUCAACCACCGAAGGUCCAUGGGGGAUUACAUCUUUCUGUUGUUCCAAUGGCUGAUGAAGUGAAAACUGCUGUUUCACCAUCUAGUAGGAUAACAACACCAAAGGAUAACAUUAGUCCUGCCUCAAAGCGAAGGAAGAAAGGAGGAGGGAGCAUUGAGCACAUUCCGAUGGAGAGGCCAAACAGUGAAUCACGCAAUGUGGUUCACACUCAGACUCUGUUUGAUAUUGUGAAUGAUGGGUACAGGUGGCGUAAAUAUGGUCAGAAGUCUGUGAAAGGCAGUCCAUAUCCAAGGAGCUACUAUAGAUGUUCAAGUUCUGGAUGCCCUGUCAAGAAACACGUAGAGAGGUCAUCUCAUGACACGAAGAUGCUUAUAAUGACGUACGAGGGGAACCACGACCAUGACAUGCCACCAGGAAGGAUUGUCACUCACAACAACACGCUGGACUCUGAAGAAGUUGAUGGUGACAAAGAACCGAGUGCUAGUAAAGACACACAAGUCAACAAAACUCCCCAGAGCUCAGCUGAGCGCUUAGAACAUCAUCACUCGAAAAAGAAAGCUAAGACUAAUGGCCUUGAGAAAAGUCUUGCUGAAGAUCCAGUUUUGGAUGCGAAGCCAAAGGAGGAAACAAAGGAGAGAUCAGAUGAAGCAGCCAAAACAAAGUCGGAUGAUAAAACCACCACUGUUUGUCACGAGAAGACGUCAAGAACUGUGGAGAGCGAGGAACAGAAACCCAAAGCAGAGUCUGGUCAAAGCUAAAAAAGGUGGCAUUUGUGAGGUGUUAAAUGAUAUAUACAAGAGAUGCUUAACAUAGAGAUUAGUACAGGCAUACAGCUUGGUGUUCAAGCGGGAACCAGAUUAGAUUUAGUGUAUAAUGGAUGGUAUAGUGUAUGCUUAUGACCCUUUAAUAUUAUAGCAUAUGCGCAUUAAGCCAUUUCGAUUUGGUUCAAAUAAAAGUUGGGUAGCACAAAAUAAGAAAGUCUUUCUUUGUUGUGAUGGCGCCUGUGUAAUAGUUGUAGACUGGGGAUAUAUGUAUAUUGAUUUGUUCCAACUUUUAUUUAAUGGUAUUAAGACAAAUCCAUCUACUACUA